CUGAUCAACACUCUGGCUAGGUAUUGUUAAACAGAAUUUCCACCACUAUCUUAUCGUUAUACAUCGAGAGGAACGCUCCUUUCCCCCAACGCUACACUCUUUUAAACCAUAUAACUUGACUGCUGGACAGUCUUAUUGAAACAGUAUGAGCAUCGCUUCGAACAAUAUAUCAUUCUUCUUUCUCUUCGUUGCUGCUGUGCAGGCACACAUGCAACUCUACUGGCCACCUCCGUUCGCUGCAGAGAACAACCCUCAUCGCACUGACGCCGCUGACCCCUAUCUUACCUAUCCCUACAACUGCUGCGGAAAGACUACACCGUUUCCCUGCAAAGGAUAUCUUAAGCUGGUCGGAACCCCUCAAGGAGCACCAGUCGUGACUUGGACUACAGGCUCAUCAGUGAAUUUCAGCUUGACUGGACUUGGUAACCACUACGGCGGUUCGUGUCAGGUUGGCUUCAGCGUCGACAACGGCACGACUUGGAAAGUUGCAAAAAGUUUCGAAGGAGAUUGUCCUCAUCGUAACGGUGGUGUCGAUCCUGCUAAACAGACUUUCAACUUCACAGUCCCGGCUGACAUGCCCACUGGGAACCACAUCUUUGCCUGGACAUGGUUCAAUCGCGAACAGGAAUUCUCGAUGCUCUGUUCUUCAGUGAAUAUUGUCGGCGGCUCGAAACAUGUCACUCCUUUACUGGCUUCUCGGACGUCGACAGCGUCCCCAACGGCAACAUCAUCAAGCUAUGUUAAUUAUAACGGCUGUACAUGCCAAUGUCCAGCAGUAUCUGGUCCUUUAUCUAUCAGAAACAAUGACUAUAUCCAUUCUUCUUCUAAGGAGCUAGAAUGGAACAAUAAAUCGAACGCCAGUGCUUCGCCCGGUCACAUCGCAUUCCAUGAUCGGCCUAGUUUCUUGUUCGCGGAUAUCGAUAAUGGUUGCGAGACUCCCAAAACUACUGCUGAGGUGAAAUACCCAAAUCCUGGCCCUGAUAUUCAGCCCGGAGAUGGUGUCUACCCUCUAGCACUUCCAUCUCCUGGGCAAAAGUGCGGUUAUUGAGCUAUACUCCCUAGCUUAGCCAGAGCUUCGAAUUCAAUAGAAAAGGGGGUCGACUCGACUGUAUCAUCACAUUCAUGUUCAGUUACUUCGAGAGAUAUUGGCA